AUGGUCUGGCUGACUAUGAACUGUUUUCCGUUCCGCAUUGGAGAAAAAAGGUAUGAAAACAAGACCAUAAAGUCAAUCUUUGGUCAAUCCUCAAACUCUAAUGUCACGGAGCAUGAGUUUAGGAUUUCCGCGUCCGAAGAAAUCAAUUCUCAGGAUAUGUCUGAUACCAGCACAGAGUCCAUGGGGAGGGGCUCGCUUCUGAGUUUGUCUGGGAGGCCUACUAAUCUGAGAAUAUUUACAUAUUCAGAGCUGAAGACGGCCACCAAGAAUUUUAACCGCACUGCCAAACUUGGAGAGGGAGGGUUCGGGUGUGUAUAUCAGGGGAUAAUCAAGAGUUAUGAAGAGCCAGAAAUAAAGCUUGAUGUGGCUGUGAAAAAAUUAGCAAGUAGAGGAGUGCAGGCAGGUAGGGAACAGCUCAAAGUUUUGAGGAGAUGUCAUGGUACUCCUUUUCUUUGUAACAGUUCAGAAGGUAGGGAACUCUUCUUGGGCCACAAGGAAUGGGUGACAGAAGUAAAUGUUCUUGGGGUGGUUGAGCAUCCAAACCUUGUCAAACUAGUGGGUUACUGUGCUGAAGACGAUGAGCGAGGAAUCCAACGGCUUCUUGUUUACGAAUAUAUGCCUAACAAAAGUGUUGAGGACCAUUUGUCUUUUAAAUCAGAGACAACUCUUCCCUGGGCUAUGCGAUUGAAGAUAGCCCAAGAUGCUGCUAGGGGCUUAUCAUUUUUACAUGAAGGAAUGGAUUUUCAGAUCAUCUUCAGAGAUUUUAAAUCUUCAAACAUUCUUCUAGAUGAGCAAUGGAAUGCUAAGUUGUCAGACUUUGGACUGGCUAGAUUGGGCCCUACAGAAGGAUUAACCCAUGUAUCGACAGCGAUGACCUUCAAGCUAAGAUACUUGAACCUUACUAGCCGUGCUACCACAAGCAAACAUCAAGCUGUUGACCUAGCUGUUGUGGGAACCAUGGGAUAUGCUGCUCCUGAGUAUGUCCAGACAGGGCGUUUAACUUUCAAAAGUGAUGUAUGGAGUUAUGGGGUGUUCCUUUAUGAACUUAUCACAGGUAGACGACCCCUGGAACGAAAUCGUCCUAAGAACGAACAGAAACUCUUAGAGUGGGUAAAGCCACACCUGACUGACUGGAAAAAGUUUAGGCAGAUUUUGGACCCAAGACUCGAAUGGAAUGAUUCCUUUAGGUCAGCCCGAAAGCUAGCCAUUGUUGCCAACAAAUGCUUAGUCAGACACGCAAAGUCACGUCCAAAGAUGAGUGAGGUGGUGGAGAUGUUGAACUGCAUUGUUGAAGCUCCAGAAGAAGUGAGUGGUUCUCAAGCACCUUCUAGAGAUAUCCUGCCUAAAAAACCUUCUGAUGAAACUAAUUCAAAAGCUAAGAGAAGGAUUGCAUAUGUGAAAAUGGGAGAAAGUAAUUGGCUAUUUCGCAAGUUGUCUGCAAAGCUUGCGAGGACAUGCUGA